AUGGCGUUGGUCGACUAUUCAUCCUCCAGCUCAGCCUCAACCGAGUCGCUUCACCAGCAACCUCCAGCCAAACGCCACAAGGUAGGCGACUCGGAAACCUCGACGCCUGGCCGCCUCAGCUCGCCCGCGGUCAAGGUCGACGGCCAGGAUGGAAAACCUAGCAAGCGAUCCGCGAUGCCUCCCUUACCCUCCACAUUCCACGACCUGUAUGCUUCCACCGUGCGCCAGAGCGUGGUUGACGACCCAAGUCUGCAUCAUGGCCGGAAAAGGCAGACUCCACACAUUGUUGGGAAUUGGCCGUCCCAUCUCUACAUUGAAUGGAAUCCCACAAGUCCUGAAUACGACAUGCUCGUCAACUUAGUCCAGGACGUUGAAACAGAGCUCCAAGGCAAGGUCAAGCUUCACAACUUCCUCACAAGCGACCUCGGCUCCCCCUUGCCCCUGCACAUCAGCCUGUCCCGGCCGUUGAGCCUCACGACGGCGAGCAAGGACGACUUCCUGGAGAGGGCGGCCGGCGCCAUCCAGACCGGCGCCGUGGGCCCCUUCGCCGUGAGCCCCCGCACCCUGGCCUGGUACAAGUCCCCAGACUCCGACCGCAUCUUCCUGAUCAUCCGGGUCGCGAGCCGGGACCUGCUUGGCAAGGGCGCGGGCGCGCUGAACCCGGAGCUCGUGGCGCUGCUCAGGCGGUGCAACGGCGUGGCCUCCCAGUUCGGCCAGCCGCCGCUGUAUAAGCACCACGAGGACGGUGGCAGCGGCGACGAGGCUGUGGGCGUGGCGUUCCACAUCUCCAUCGGCUGGACGUUUGACGUGCCCGGGGAGGAGAUGAGUCUACGAGCGAUCAAGGUCUUCAAGCGAAGUAAGUACGCGGAGGUGCGGAAGUGGGAGAUUGACGUGUCGGCAGUCAAGGCCAAGAUUGGGAAUUCUGUGCAUCACAUUCCGCUGGGCAGGGCUGGCAAAGGCGGGAUCGCUGGGCGCCCUGAAGCACCUGACUACUUCUGA